AACCAAGGACAUAUGACUCAGAUUUCAAGGGGCCUGUUGCCAACAGGAGUUGUACGGAUGUUCUGUGCUGCAUGGUAUUCCUACUGUUCAUUGCUGGCUACAUUCUUUUAGGACUUGUGGCCUGGGUACAUGGCGACCCCCGGAGAGCGGCCUACCCUACAGACAGCCAGGGCCACUUUUGUGGCCAGAAAGGCACCCCCAACGAGAACAAGACCAUUUUGUUUUACUUUAACAUGUUACGCUGUACCAGCCCCUCCGUGAUGUCAACCCUACAGUGCCCUACCACACAGAUCUGUGUCUCCAAGUGCCCAGAAAAGUUUCUAACCUAUAUGGAAAUGCAACUUUUGUACACAAAAGACAAAAGCUACUGGGAAGACUACCGUCAGUUUUGUAAGACCACUGCUCAGCCUGCGAAGUCUCUCCCGCAACUUUUACUGGAUGAUGACUGCCCAGCAGCGAUUUUUCCAAGUAGACCUUUUCUCCAGAGAUGUUUCCCUGACUUCUCCACUAACAAUGGCACUUUAACAAUAGGAAGCAAGGUGCUAUUUCAAGAUGGAAAUGGGAAGACAAGAAGUGUUGUGGAACUCAGGGAUGCUGCAAAUGGUAUCAAUAAAAUUCUUGAUGCAAGGACUCUUGGAUUGAAAGUGUUUGAAGACUAUGCAACGACUUGGUAUUGGAUUCUCAUUGCCCUGACCACCGCCAUGCUCCUCAGCUGGAUGUUUCUGAUACUCCUGAGGCUCAUAGCAGGAUGCCUCUUCUGGGUCUUCAUGUCUGGUGUGCUCGGAAUUAUAGGCUACGGAAUAUGGCACUGUUAUCAGCAAUACACUGAUCUUCAGGAACGCCCAAGUUCUGUAUUAAGUAUAUAUGACAUCGGAAUUCAGACCAAUAUAAGCAUGUACUUUGAGCUGAAGCAAACAUGGUUUGCACUCAUGAUAAUACUCUGCAUCGUUGAGGUGACAGUCAUACUCAUGCUGAUCUUCCUCAGGAAUCAAAUCAGCGUCGCCAUCAUCCUGCUAAAGGAAGGGAGCAAAGCCAUUGGGUACAUCCCCAGUACAUUGAUUUAUCCACUUUUAACUUUCAUUUUGCUCUCAAUCUGCAUUUGCUACUGGGCUGUGACAGCUGUUUUCUUGGCAACUUCGGGAGUACCUGUGUACAAAGUUGUAACCCCAGCGGGGAAUUGCGUCCAUGAAAAUCAAACCUGUGACCCAGAGCUUUUCAAUUCAACUGAAAUUGCCAAAGUUUGCCCCGGGGCUCUGUGCAACUUUGCUUUCUAUGGUGGAAAGAGCUUGUAUCACCAAUACAUCCCCACCUUCCAUGUAUACAAUCUAUUUGUGUUCCUCUGGCUUAUCAACUUUGUCGUCGCACUGGGCCAGUGUGCCCUUGCCGGUGCCUUCGCAACUUAUUACUGGGCCAUGAAGAAGCCCGAUGACAUCCCACCCUAUCCACUUUUUACUGCAUUUGGACGAGCCAUACGAUAUCACACAGGAUCACUGGCAUUUGGAUCUUUAACUAUUGCAUUAAUUCAAACGUUUAAAAUGAUCCUCGAAUACCUGGACCAUCGUGUUAAACAUGGCGAGAACAUACUUGCUAAAUUUCUACAAUGCUGUCUGAGAUGCUGUUUCUGGUGUUUGGAAAAGGUAGUCAAGUUUCUAAACAAAAACGCCUAUAUUAUGAUUGCAAUAUACGGCAGAAACUUCUGCAGGUCAGCAAAAGAUGCUUUCAACCUGCUGAUGAGAAAUGUUUUAAAAGUUGCAGUUACAGAUGAAGUUACAUACUUUGUAUUAUUCCUGGGGAAAGUUCUAGUGACUGGGAGUAUAGGUGUCCUGGCCUUCCUCUUCUUCACAGAAAGAAUGCCAACGAUUGCAGCAGGGCCGACGUCUUUAAAUUACUACUGGGUCCCUUUGCUGACUGUCAUUUUGGGGUCUUACCUGAUUGCACAUGGGUUCUUCAGCGUCUAUGCAAUGUGUGUUGAAACCAUUUUCAUCUGCUUCUGUGAAGAUCUGGAGAGAAAUGAUGGAUCUGCAGAAAAACCCUACUUCAUAAGCCCCAACCUGCACAGAAUUCUGGUCAAGAAGCAACUAGGUCCUCAGAAGCAGAAAGAGUAGAAAGGUUCCAAAUCGUGUCGCUCGCUUUUGAGUAGAGGUUUUGUAAAUUAGGUCCAUUGUAAUCUGGAAAUGUCGCUGUCGCGUGAUGUGAAAUUUCUGUGCAUGUUGCUAACAGAGUCAGCAUCUGGUCCCAGGUGUCAGACAUCUGAUGACAGUAGCUUCUGUCUACUUUAUAGACUGUGGUCUCAGCUGACGAGGAACGUGUCAAUGUC